AGAUUCUUGGGCAAGCCUGACUAGAGUCUUAAAUAUUUGAUGAAAAGUUGAAGUAUCUGUUUUUCAAUGACAAAUAAAAUCUACCCUAAAUUGAUUUUGUCAGACGAUGGAGAUGGAGAUGGAGAUGGAGAUGGAGAUGGAGAUGGAGGAGUUGGUCGUUUUCCAGAAAAAGGAUGAAGAUGAUCACGACGACCUUGCUGAACCCAAUAGCUCUUCGGCUAUGCAAAUUGGUGGUGGAUUUGAUUAUGAGUAUUUGGAUAUGGAGGAAGAGAUGAACCUGAACGUGCAGGAUAUUGAUGCGUACUGGCUUCAGACCAAAAUUGACCCGCACCUUGCUGAGGAAGUGCUCAAUAUUCUUGCUCUUUCUGACCACAGGGAAGUGGAGAACAAGUUGUUGUUGCGUUUGGAAGAAGAUUGAGGAGGAGAUGAAGGUUUAUGCCAGUAGUAGGAAGAUGGAGGGGUUGCAGUUGCAGUUGCAGAAUCAGCAACUGCAACUGCAACCACCCCAUAUGCUUGAUUUUGAUACACUUGCUUUUCAUCAAGGUACAGGGUUCUUUAGGUUUCAUAUGCCAAGUGGGUUUUUUAGGGGUACUAUGAGCCAGGGUUAUGAUGAAAUCCAUCUGCCUGACGCUGGACCCUUUGAUCCUAAUGAGAAGCUUGUGAAAAUAUCUUCAAUGCCUGAUUGGGCACAACCCGCCUUCAAAGGGAUGGCACACUUGAAUAGGAUUCAGACCAAGGUCUAUGAUACUGCACUCUUCAAGCCUCACAAUCUUCUGCUCUGUGCUCCAACUGGCUCUGGAAAAUUUGAUGUUGCUGUUCUCACCAUACUUCAGCUAAUUGCAGGCUACAGGAAUCAGGAGAGCGGUUCAAUUGACCAUAGUGCUUAUAAGAUUGUCUAUGUUGCGCCUAUGAAAGCUCUCGUCGCUGAGGUUGUAGGGAAUUUAUCCAAUCGUUUGCACGAAAAUGAUGUUAAGGUUAGGGACCUCAGUGGAGACCAGUCACUCACCCCUCAACAGAUACAAGAGACUCAAAUUCUCGUCACAACACCUGAGAAGUGGGAUAUUAUCACUCGAAAAUCUGGAGAUCGAACAUACACACAGCUUGUGAAGCUUCUUAUCAUUGACGAGAUUCAUCUUCUUCACGAUAACAACAGAGGGCCAGUUCUUGAGAGUAUUGUUGCUAGAACAAUUAGGCAGAUAGAAACCACAGAGGACAAUAUUCGGUUGGUGGGGUUGUGUGCUAAUCUUCCUAAUUAUGAAGAUGUGGCACUCUUUUUACGUGUGGAUCCGGACAACGAGUUGUUUUAUUUUGAUAAUGAUGAUAGGCCUGUUCAUCUUUAUCAGCAGUAUGCUGGAAUCACAGUUACAGAGCCCCUUCAGAGGCUCCAGUUGAUGAAUGAUAUAUGUUAUGAGAAAAUUAUGGAUGUAGCUGGAAUGAAUCGGGUUCUUAUCUUUGUGCAUUCAAGGAAAGAAACUGCUAAAACAGCUAGAGCCAUCAGAGAUACUGUACUAGCCAAUGAUACUCUUGGUAGGCUCCUUCGAGAAGAUAGUGCAAGUCGCGAGAUUCUUCUCACUCAUACUGAUCUCGUGAACAGCAAUGAUCUUAAAGAUCUUCUGCCCUAUGGAUUUUCAAUUCAUCAUGCUGGUAUGACAAGGGCAGAUCGUCAGCUUGUUGAGGACCUCUUUGCUGAUGGACAUGUGCAAGUUUUGGUAUCCACUGCGGCCCUUGCCUGGGGUGUGAAUCUCCAAGCUCAAACAGUGAUAAUUAAAGGGACACAGAUAUACAAUCCUGAAAAGGGGGCCUGGACUGAACUUAGUCCUCUUGAAGUGAUGCAGAUGUUGGGUCGUGCUGGAAGGUCCCAAUUUACCUCAUUUGGUGAAGGAAUAAUUAUUACUGGCUUUAGUGAGUUGGAGUAUUACAUCUCUAUCAUGAACGAACAACUUCCUAUUGAGAGCCAGUUUGUGUCCAAGCUGGCCGAUCAGCUGAAUGCAGAAAUUGUUCUUGGUACUGUUCAUAAUGCUAGGGAAGCUUGUAACUGGAUUGGAUACACUUACUUGUAUGCUCGUAUGUUAAGGAAUCCUUCUUUGUAUGGUUUAGCACCAGAUAUCCUAACAAGAGAUAUAACAUUGGAGGAGAGAAGAGCUGAUUUGAUUCAUACAGCAGCAACCAUCUUAGAUAAAAAUAAUCUGGUGAAGUAUGAUAGGCAGAGCGGAUCUUUUCAGGUCACUGACUUGGGUCGAAUUGCAAGCUACUACUACAUAACGCAUGGAACCAUUUCCAUGUAUAAUGAGCAUUUAAAGCCUACAAUGGGAUACAUUGAGCUUUGUAGAUUGUUCUCAUUGAGUGAAGAAUUCAAGUAUGUGACAGUAAGGCAGGAUGAGAAGAUGGAGCUGGCAAAGCUUUUGAAACAUGUUUCCAUUCCCAUUAAGGAAAGUCUGGAAGAGCCAAGUGCCAAGAUCAAUAUUUUGCUGCAAGCAUACAUUUCACAAUUAAAGGUUGAAGGGCUCUCGCUGACAUCUGAUAUGGUCUUUAUAACUCAGAGUGCUGGACGCCUUUUGCGGGCUCUUUUUGAGAUUGUCUUGAAACGUGGCUGGGCGCAAUCGGCUGAAAAGGCUUUGAACUUAUUCAAGAUGGUGACUAAGAAGAGUGUCCAAACACCGCUUCGGCAGUUCAAUGGGAUCCCAAGUUAUAUAUUAACUAAGAUGGAAAAGAAAGAUUUGGCUUGGGAAAGGUAUUAUGACCUAUCAUCACAAGAGAUAGCUGAGCUCAUCCCUGCACACAAGAUGGGAAGGACACUUCAUAAACUUAUCCACCAAUUUCCAAAAUUGAACCUUGAAGCACAUAUAGAGUCAAUUACGCGCACCGUUUUGAGGGUUGAGCUCACGUUAACUCCAGAUUUUGCAUGGGAUGACAGAGUCCAUGGAAAUGUUGAGCCAUUCUGGGUGAUUGUGGAGGAUAAUGAUGGUGAAUAUAUUCUUCACCAUGAGUAUUUUAUGCUGAAAAAACAAGAUAUUUCUGAGGAUCACACUCUAAAUUUCGUGGUGCCAAUAUCCCAGCCUCUUCCUCCCCAAUUCCUUAUCCGUGUUGUUUCAGAUAGAUGGCUCGGAUCACAAACUGUUUUACCUGUUUCAUUAGAACUGAGGUAAGGAACACCUAUGGUGGCUUGUUGGUGGUGAUGCUGGAAAGAAAUCCUAUGUGAUUCAUACAUGCUGGAAAGAUAUUAAUGUAAUAAAUCUUUUUAUUUGUUCAUUGUAUUUAUUAGGGUUUUAGGUUAUGUAUAUCAUAAUAACUCCCAAUUGGUUACUUCUUUUGUAGAUAUGAAUUGAUUGAUUAGGCAAAUAAGAAAAUUUGAAUAUUGACCUUUGUUCUGUGAUAAUUAUAAAUA